AUGGCCGACUACGAAUUAAUACCUAGCUACGAUGAAGACGAACUAUUUCAAGAGAAAGAUAACAAUGUAACAGAUCUACACGCGUACUAUAUGACGCAAUUCAAUUUAGAACUCGAAAAUGGUAAUAAGAAGAAAGACAAUUUCAAAUUUGGCGUAGAAGAAAGUUUCGAUUUUGAAGUUUUAGACAAUUGGAACCACCAUCAGAGUAAUACCACUGAUUUUGAAAUAAUUGAUCAAGUUAUUGAUACCAAUAUUAGUGAACAAAAUAUGAAGGAAGUAUUAUUAGAUUUAGAUAGUAUCGAUUUCGAUAGCGGUUUCAAUACGGAGAUAAAUCAUAAUAAAACGCAUGAACAAAAGAGCUACGAAAACAAUAAUGAGUACAUAGAUGAUGAGUCAUUGAUAGACGAAUUAUGUAGAGAAGAGAGUGAAAACUGCAGGUUAAGUCCAAAUUUCGAAGAGGAAUUCAACACGAAAAUGGGUAACGAUAAAAAUCUUUUGCCAUCUAUGGAAGCUGCAUUUUCUAAGAGAUAUACGACGUACAAUAAAACAAAUACACAAAACGGUGGUCAGCAAAAUUUUGAAAGUCAAAUCAAUGAAGCGGCUGUACCUAUAAUAAAUAGUGUAGAAUAUUAUAGCUAUCCUAACAAUGUACUUUAUAACCUUGAGUCGGAUAAAAACUACAUAUUACCUGAUACACCAACAAGUUGCACAGAAUUUAAUUUUGGAAAAAACGAAAGAAAAGUAUCAGUUUCUGAAUCAAUCGAGAGUGAUGUUCAAAGCUCAAGUUACUAUGAUGGUAACUCGGAAACCUUUGAUGAAGAUGACUUGUUUAUUAAUUUGGAUGACUUCGGGUUGACACUGGAAACUGAAACUGAUAUGAACGCAGUUGCUGAAAAUAAAAGUACUUAUCAAAAUGAAAAAAGAGCUGAAAAAGAUAAACCUGGUGAAAGGAUUUGCUUAUGGGAACAUUGUUACGAGAAGUAUCCGAAUCAGAACACUCUUGUAGAACACAUUGAAAGAGCUCAUGUAAAUACAUAUAAAGGUGAUGAAUUCAGCUGUCUUUGGAGGGACUGCGCCCGCGCACGACGGCCUUUCAACGCUCGAUAUAAGCUUCUCAUUCACAUGCGAGUUCAUUCGGGACACAAACCGAAUAGAUGCCAUCACCCGGGAUGUGGCAAAGCAUUUUCCCGGCUGGAGAACCUGAAGAUCCACAUGAGGUCUCACACAGGGGAGAGGCCGUAUGCCUGCCCAGCGCCUCAUUGUAGGAAGGCAUUCUCUAACUCUUCGGAUCGGGCGAAACAUCAAAGGACUCAUUUUAAUGCUAGACCCUACGCCUGCGGCGCCAUCGGCUGCGGUAAACGCUACACCGACCCGUCAUCGCUCAGGAAACACGCCAAGUCCCACCCCCACGUCAACGUGCCCAGGACCUGCGUCCCGCCAUCCCGUCCCGCCAGAAGACCAGAACAGAAGCAACUGGUCCCAAGUUCACCAGCGAAAUUGGCCACGCUGCGAUGCAUCAGGGAUAAACUGACAGUGCCGAGACUGCAGAGGUUGUAA